AUGAGGUUCUUUCGAGUACCUCGUGAACCACUCGUUGAGCAGACGGGUCCCCAUGGUACAGAAUUUGAGCCGAAAGGUAAGUUUUGCGAAUCGAAGCGACGUUCCAGCAAGCCUCCUGUCGGUCUGGUUCGCUUCACCCGGCAUGCCAGACGUGGUCAGAUCGCGGCCUAUAUCAUUCGUGCUUACUCAGAUGGAGCCGGACCUGUCCAGAUGCAUUCAAGCCACGACAACGCGAAUAAGGCAGUACGGUCGCUUGAUAGCUUCAGCGAAACGGUGGUUUUCUCAAUAAACUAUGCGGCUUUGCCUGAGGACAACUCUGCGCCGCCUUGA